AUGGUAUUAUCGCGGCGACAGCGGAAACAGGUGUUUGGCCUUUGGCUGGCAUCUGCUGCAACAAUAUGCUCACCCGUCUUGGCACUUCACAUGCAACAACAACCUCCAUCAUCUUCAUCCUGGCAACCACCCAAGCACUGGAAGUUCACGGGCUUUCGUCACAGAGCUCCAACUACUACUACUACUACAUCCCACCAGAGUACCUUUGAUGACGACCGAGAUGACCUUUACUACGGUAAUAAUGACGCACCCGCAGCCGGUGCCAUUUUCCCCGAUGGAGGAUUGUCACCUUGUGUCAUCAAAGUCAUUGGGGUGGGUGGGGGUGGCAGCAACGCCGUCGAUCGCAUGUUGGAUACGGCCGUGGGAGGUGUCGAUUUUUGGGCCAUUAAUACCGACGCCCAAGCCCUCGGCCGAAGUAAGGCGAAGGGUGCCAAGACGCUCAACAUUGGUGCGUCCGUCACACGAGGAUUGGGAGCUGGUGGUAACCCCGAUAUUGGGAGAAUGGCGGCAGAAGAAUCUCUUGCGGAAAUUGAGGCCAUGGUAGCUGGCACUGACUUGUGCUUUGUCACUAGCGGCAUGGGUGGAGGCACGGGCAGUGGGGCUUGUCCUGUAGUGGCUCAAAUUGCCAAGGAACAGGGCUGUCUUACCGUGGGUAUCGUCACCAAACCAUUCAUGUUUGAAGGGAAACGACGCAUGACGCAGGCCAUCAAGGCAAUUGAUCGACUUCGUGAAAAUGUCGACACUGUCAUUGUCGUAUCCAACGAUCGAUUGCUGGAAAUUAUUCCGGAUGAUACCCCUAUCGAACGAGCAUUUGCCGUGGCCGACGAUAUUCUGCGACAAGGAGUGGUAGGUAUCUCGGAUAUCAUUGUCAAACCAGGUCUGAUCAAUGUCGAUUUUGCCGAUGUACGGUCCAUCAUGAGUGGCGCGGGAACGGCUCUAAUGGGCAUUGGAAUUGGCAAUGGAAAGACUGCGGCCGAAGAUGCCGCUGCAGCUGCCAUUUCGAGUCCCUUGUUGGAUUCUACCAUUGAAAAUGCCAAGGGUGUUGUAUUCAAUAUUAGUGGAGGGCCCAAUCUAUCAUUGAACGAAGUCAAUCAGGCUGCCAAGUUGAUUUAUUCCACUGUGGAAGCCGAUGCCAAUGUCAUUUUUGGAGCCUUGGUCGACGAGACUUUGGAGGACAACAUUUCCAUCACGGUCCUAGCGACCGGAUUCAAAACCAAAGAAUCCGAAAUGGGUGCGAGAGCGAGAAUGUCCGAACCCACGCAAUCUACCGCCAGAUCCUCUAUGCCCUCUUCGGAUACUAGUUUCAAUGAUGUACGAGGACAAGCAGCCGGCGCCAGAAGACAGUCCCAGCAACAAUCAGCACAAACUGCCCGUCAGUCUCCACCGGUACAAGAUGACGAUCUACCACCCGAAAGUGGAGGAGAGCAGCUGCCGUCGUUCUUGAAGAACUUGAAAAAGAAGCGAUAG